AUGGCAUUCAGCACAACAAGUACUCUGGUCCGACCCCCAACAGACGUGCCAGAUAUGGCAUCAGCUGCCAAAAUCUCCACGGCAGAUCAUCCUGUGGAGGGAUAUCUGGACAGCAUAGUCAUCGAGCCCCGACGACCAGACGACCUCGGAACGGUCUUGACCAUCAACGACCUUAGGGAACUUGCACAGAAGAAGGUGCCGAAGAUUCUUCGUGAUAAUGAAGCGGCAUACAACCGCUACAAGAUUCGACCACGAGUCUUGGUCGAUGUGUCGGAACUGGAUUCCAGCAUUGAAAUGUUUGGGAAGAAGCUGCCAAUACCCCUCGGUUUUGCUCCUGCUGCCGCACACAAGCUCGCACACCCCGACGGUGAACUCGCAACGUCACGAGCGGCAGCCAAGGCCGGAAUCCCUAUGGGUCUAUCAUCUUACUCGACAACUUCGAUUGAGGAUGUCGCGCGCGAAGGGGGUGGGAAUCCCUAUCUCAUGCAUCUCACCAUCAUGAAAGAUCGGAGUCGGACAGUGCAAACGCUCCGCAGGAUUGAAAAGGCUGGCUUUAGGGGCAUCUUUCUCACCGUCGACACGGCCGUCCUGGGGCGACGUUUGAACGAAUACCGCAACAACUUCCAGAUGCCGCCUGGUGUGAGCUUCCCAAAUAUGAAAUUUGAAGCAAGCGACGCGGAAAAAGAAGGAACCGUGAACAAGGGUGCCAGAGGAUUCAAGUCGGUUGUGAAGACGGAGAAAGAUACCAAACAGGACUGGGAAACGGUCAUUCCAUGGUUGAAAUCACAGACCAAACUUCAGAUCUGGGCCAAGGGCAUCUACACCCCAGAAGAUGUCCGGAUGGCCAUCAAGUACGGCCUGGACGGAGUGGUCAUCUCCAACCAUGGCGGCCGUCAGCUAGAUGGGGUCCCCGCCAGUCUGGAUGCGUUAAGAGAUUGCGCGCCCGCAGCCCUUGACCCUAACGGUAAGAGAUUGAUCCAGAUCGCUCUCGAUGGGGGUAUCAGGAAAGGCACCGAUAUCUUCAAGGCUAUCGCGCUGGGUGCUCAAAUGGUCUUCAUUGGCCGGAUUCCAAUCUGGGGUCUCUCGGUUGGCGGCGAAGAAGGCGUCACAAAAGCUGUGGAAAUUCUCGCACAAGAAUUCCGCCAGACCAUGGCACUAGCUGGAAAUAACAUCAGCCGAUCCGAUGGCCUGCGAUACCUGCCACCGCCGCAAGGUCCGAUGCAAUUACAAGGAACAAGUGCCCUGUGCUCCGUGCGAGAAGGCCGGUAUUUCUUGCAGGCCUCCGCAUCAGGCCACAACUCGACUGGAAGGGAGCAUGAGCAGGGCUUUCCGCCAACACGUCAUGGUCGGUCAGAAGAACACGGGGAGUCCGAGCUGGUUAGCCAGGCGGGGUCAAUGACCUCGCCGUCGACCAGCGACAUCAUACGCUCCGUGGAAGACGGCCAUCUCUCACGCUCAGCCUUACCCACCUUUUAUCGCACCGAAAUUAAUAAUACCCUUCCCGCUACUCCGCAAAGCCGUUGGGCAUAUGUCGGUACAACGGUCUCAAAUCUGGCUCACUUGGUCAACGCCCGAACAACGCGCCCGGACUGCCUCCAUUACCCCUUUCCGCACUAUCGAUCGACACUUCCGUGGAAGCCCUCCGCUUCGUCCUCUACCACACGUGCUAUACCAGUGAUUCAACCACAGGAAAGCUCCAGCGCACAUGAACCACCACACUGGACAUUCACGACUCUGCCAGACCCAGACCUUGGCAUAUUACCUGUCAGCGAGAUUCGAGUCGAGCUGAUAGACGCAUAUUUCAAAUAUAUUCACCCAGGAUAUCCUGUGGUUCAGGAAGCAGAUUUUCGCCGGCGUCUGAAAGCCAGCACGGGCAAAGGGGGUGACACCGACGGCGGCACAGCUCUUACUCAAGAGCCCCCGGCUCUGUUGUUGAUACAAUGUGUCCUGCUUGCAGGUGCGCAUGUCUCCACUCAUCCGACCGUCCAAAACGCUCGGUCGUCCAUCAAAGAAGCUCUGUAUCGCCGUGUGCGCACAUUGUUCGACAUGCGUUACGAGAAUGACCGCUUGCUUCUGCUCCAGGCUGCGUUGAUCUUGACGUGGCAUGUCGACUCGGGGGACGACGUCUCGGCCAACGCGUGGUAUUGGUCAGGAAUUGCGAGCCGCAUCGCGCUCGGCUUGGGCUUGCACCGCCGCUUUGCAUCGAUGACCAUGCGUCGUCGCGGCCAGAGACGUAUGCGGACGAUGUGGUGGAUGGUGGUGCAGACCGAGAUUUUGUGUGCCCUGAACCAUGGCCGGCCGGUGAGCUUCGACUUGGACGACUGUGAUCAAACUCUGCUCACAGAAGACGAUCUACACGAGGAAGAAGUCGACCCCGAUACGGGUGCUUUAAGAGCCGUCUGCACCGCAAACGUUGACUUUUGCCUGGCUAACACCUCGUUGUGCGUCCUAAUCUGGGAAAUGUUGAAGCUCCACUCCCCUGGAGUGAAGAGAAGGCUCGGUGGGGAGGGUUCAAUGGGCAUGAGAGCAGCGAAGAUGGACCUGAACGCUCGAUUGGCCGCUUGGUGCAUGCAGUUGCCACCGAGCAUGGGUCAGCCGGGAAUGCCAGCUCAGGACACUUUUGCUGCUCAACUGCAUCUUCACUACUACAUGGCGAUCAUUGCAUUGAAUCGAAGGACCAAGACUGAGCCAAUGGGACUGGAUCCAGGUUAUGGCCUCACCUCGGACUCUCCCGGCGUUGCCUGGGCUCAACAAGCCUCCGUCCCAGGUGAAGGUGCUGCUCAGGCGAGCACGCAGAUGCCCAGAGACGAUAUCGAGUCACAGCAAUGCUCUUCUCUCUGCCACACCUCUGCAGUUAGCAUCGUCUCUAUUUUGACCCACAUGACCGAUAUGGGAUGGAUCAAGAGCUGUUGGCUUAGUACCAUGACAUCGAUCCUAGCCGCGGCGGUCCAUUUCAGCUACGAAAUUCGGUCGGCGACUCUAGGGGAACGAAACGCCAACGGAGAAACGAACACGGAUCCCCCUUUGAGUGUGACACGCCAAAGCCUGUCUCCGUUUCCAUCAACGCAGGGGUCGCCUUUUAGUCUGUUGGUCGCCCUAGGGUCUCUCGAUAGGCUGCAAAUGCUGGUUACUAUCUCGACCACGCUCAUCCCCUACUGGUCAUCUGCCGAAGGGCUGAGCCAGCUGCUCGAAACGAUCUCGGCGGAAUUAAAAGGGAUGAUCACGUUUGUAACCGGUCGCAAGGACAGGAAAGACACCAACGCAGCCGAUCGAAACACAGCAAAGAGAACCAGUGACGCUGUGGUCGAACAAACCAGCAACCCUUCCUUCACAGUAUCUGCCGGCACCUAUCAAACAUCAGAUCCCAAAGGUCAGGUGCACCACAGGCAAUCGACUGCUCCACUCAGUCAACAAGCAGAUGUCCCAGAACAGUCACGCAAAUCACAGCGAACAUCCUACAUGUCCACUCCUGGGACCGCGACAAGAAAAGAAGAGAGUCUUGAUUCUGACGCACUUAGACGCCACUCCACAUAUGCUACCGCUCGACAAGGCGAUUCAGAUUACGCUGACUCAAGUGUGUAUACUCACAUCAGUCGCAAAAACACUGCCGGCACGAGAGAGACAGCCUCAUCUGAUCAGGCACCCGAUAUCUGGGAGCCACUUCCUGGAAACAGGACAACUCAACCGCAGGCUUCCAAUCCCGGGGCGGCUCUGACUUUUGACGACGACGCCCGCGACCCGCCAUAUUCUACGUCGGAUACCCUACACGGAGACAGCGGCCGUGGAGCCAACAAUGUCGGCUCAAGAAACACGAUUCCAUUUCCCCCUCGUUCAGCACAGUCUUCUGCUUUUUCCUCCGCACCCGUGGGCGCCGAAACUCGCGGCCGAUCGGUUGACUUUUCCUCCGGACACGCGGCUCAGAGCUUUCCCACGUCGGGAUAUUCUGGGUAUAACGUCGCUCAGGCGAUGCAGCCGCCGUCACGAAAGGUAGAUACCGUGGCAGCGAGCGCCGCGGGAGGGAAUUGGGAGCUUCAAAUUGACGAUCUGCUGAGAUACAUGACCGACCCGGGCGCCAUGACUGACGCUGCGUCUGCCCAUGCCUACAACGCAGCCAACAUGCGGGAAAGGCAUGGAGACGCGAACAUGGGCGAAUACAUGGGUCCUUAUCAAUGA